UGUAUCUGUUUGCUUUUACUAUUCCGCCCGGUUGGUUAUUUAAAAUUGAGGGGAGGGAAAGCUUCUCAGGAUUGUUUGUCUUUGUUCUCCUAAUGCAUGUUUGGCGCGGUAAUGGUUGGGAGUAAGUAUAAAUUUGGCAAAUUAGGGUCUGGUAAAGUUGUUUAGAAAUUAGGAAAUAUUAUGGGAUGUGUAGGAAAUUGUGUUUUUUAAAAGUUUGCGGACUAAGGUUGGCGGAUCCGGAUCCGAAAAAGGUCGGAUAUCGGGGAAUUUUCGGUUCGGAUGCCGGAUCUAGAUAUCCGAAAAUUUCCAACUAUCCGCCAACCUUAUUGCGGAUAUUUGCGGACAAAUAUAUUGCAGACAAUUUAAUUUGCGGACAAUUUUUGCGGACAAUUUUUACGGGGACUAUUUGCGGACAAUUUCUUAGGGGGACUAUUUGCAUAUUGUUUUUUGCGGACUUUAAUUGCGGACACUAUUUUGAGUGCACAAUUUUGUGGAAACUUCAAAUAAACUUUAAUUACGGUAGCUUCUUGCGGACUUUUCUUUCGGACAUUUUCUUGCGGACUUUUUUUACGACUUUUCUUGCGGACAUUUUUUGCGAACUUUUUCUAUAA